AUGGCUGUGCAUUUUCUUCUCCUGCUUUUUGCAGUGUCACUUGUUGCAGCUGAUGAUGAAGCGUUUAUUGGAGUCAACAUUGGAACAGAUCUCUCUGAUAUGCCACACCCUACUCAAGUCGUGGCUCUACUUAAAGCCCAGCAAAUCCGGCAUGUUCGGUUGUAUGAUGCCGACCAAGCUAUGCUCCUUGCACUUGCAAAGACAGGCAUUCAAGUUGUUGUGACUGUUCCUAAUGAAGAGCUCCUAGCAAUUGGUCAAUCAAAUUCCACGGCUGCCAACUGGGUUUCCCGCAAUGUGGUAGCACAUUAUCCAGCCACCAAUAUCACAACCAUUUGUGUUGGUUCUGAUGUUUUAACUUCCCUCCCAAAUGUGGCAAAACUACUUGUUAGCGCCAUUAAGUACAUUCAUUCUGCCCUUGUGGCAUCAAAUCUUGAUCGCCAAGUUAAAGUUUCGACACCCCUUUCUUCUUCCAUCAUCCUUGAUUCAUUUCCACCUUCUCAGGCUUUCUUUAACCGUUCACUCAAUCCAGUUUUAGUCCCUCUUCUUGAUUUUUUGCAAUCCACUGGAUCUUAUCUGAUGCUAAACAUUUACCCUUACUAUGACUACAUGCAAUCUAAUGGAGUGAUUCCAUUAGACUAUGCACUCUUCAAAACUCUCCCUCCAAACAAAGAAGCUGUCGAUUCAAAUACCCUUCUUCACUACACCAAUGUCUUUGAUGCCAUGGUUGAUGCUGCAUACUUUGCCAUGGCUUUUCUGAACUACACCAAUAUUCCUGUAGUAGUGACCGAGUCAGGGUGGCCUUCAAAAGGUGGCUCCAACGAGCCUGAUGCAACGGUAGACAAUGCUAACACGUACAACAGCAAUUUGAUCAAGCAUGUGUUUAACAAAACCGGAACUCCCAAACAUCCUGGAAUUGCUGUCAGUACUUACAUCUAUGAGCUCUACAAUGAGGAUACGAAGCCGGGGCCAUUAUCUGAGAAAAACUGGGGACUAUUUGAUGCAAAUGGAACACCUAUCUACAUUCUACACUUGACAGAAUCAGGGGCAGUCCUAGCAAAUGAUACCAGUAAUCAAACCUUCUGCAUUGCCAAGGAUGGUGCUGACCCGAAGAUGCUGCAGGCUGCAUUAGAUUGGGCAUGUGGACCAGGCAAGGUUGAAUGCUCUCCAUUGCUGCAAGGACAACCAUGCUAUGAACCAGACAAUGUGAUUGCACAUGCAAAUUAUGCUUUUGACACUUACUAUCAUAAGAUGGGAAAAACUCUCGAUGCGUGUGACUUCAAUGGAGUAGCUACAAUCUCUACCUCAGAUCCAAGUCAUGGUUCUUGUUUAUUUCCUGGAAGUCUUGGCAAAAAUGGCACCUUAGGUAACUUCACAGCUCCAUCCAUGAAUUCUACAAAUUCAGAUUCCUCAGCCUACAACCUUGGCAACUGUGACUUGAGAAUUAGAAGCCUUCUAAUGGUAACAGGAUUUCUAUUAUGGGGAGUGGUUUUGCUAUAA